GUACAGAUGAAAUUUCUAGUGGAGCAAAUGAGGCGACCAGAUUUCAUGGAUGCCCUACAAGGCUUUCUGUCUCCUCUAAACCCUGCUCACCAACUAGGAAAUCUCAGGCUUGAAGAGUGUCGAAUUAUGUCCUCUGCAAAAAGGCCUCUGUGGUUGAAUUGGGAGAAUCCAGACAUCAUGUCAGAGUUACUGUUUCAGAACAAUGAGAUCAUCUUUAAAAAUGGGGAUGAUUUGCGGCAAGAUAUGUUAACACUUCAGAUUAUUCGCAUAAUGGAAAAUAUCUGGCAGAAUCAAGGGCUUGAUCUUCGGAUGUUACCUUAUGGUUGUCUGUCAAUUGGUGACUGUGUGGGACUUAUUGAAGUGGUGAGAAAUUCUCACACAAUUAUGCAGAUUCAGUGCAAAGGUGGCCUGAAAGGAGCUCUGCAGUUCAAUAGCCACACACUCCACCAGUGGCUCAAAGACAAAAACAAAGGAGAAAUAUAUGAUGCGGCCAUUGACUUGUUUACACGCUCUUGUGCUGGAUAUUGUGUCGCCACCUUUAUUUUGGGAAUUGGAGAUCGUCACAAUAGUAACAUCAUGGUUAAAGAUGAUGGACAACUGUUUCAUAUAGAUUUUGGACACUUUUUGGAUCAUAAGAAGAAAAAAUUUGGCUAUAAACGAGAACGUGUGCCAUUUGUUUUGACACAAGAUUUUUUAAUAGUCAUUAGUAAAGGAGCCCAAGAAUGCACAAAAACAAGAGAAUUUGAAAGGUUUCAGGAGAUGUGUUACAAAGCUUAUCUAGCUAUUCGACAGCAUGCCAAUCUCUUCAUAAAUCUUUUCUCAAUGAUGCUUGGCUCUGGAAUGCCAGAACUACAAUCUUUUGAUGAUAUUGCAUACAUUCGAAAGACUUUAGCAUUAGAUAAAACCGAGCAAGAGGCUUUGGAAUAUUUCAUGAAACAAAUGAAUGAUGCACAUCAUGGCGGCUGGACAACAAAAAUGGAUUGGAUCUUCCACACAAUUAAGCAACAUGCUUUGAACUGAAGUGAGAACCAAGAAUCUGAAUGCCAAGUUGCUGGAUUCUGCACUGCACUGUUACCUGUCAGCAGGCACAGACUGGUUGCAUAGGAAUUGCACAAUCCAUGAACACAUUAAAAUUUACAGCAAGAACAAAAAUAAAAUACUAUAUAAUUUAAAUAAUGUAAAUGCAAACAGGGUUUGAUAGCACUAAACUAGUUCAUUUCAAAAUUAAGCUUUAGAGUAAUGCGCAAUUUCAUGUAAUGCCUUAAGUCCAAAAAGGUAAACUUUGAAGAUUGUUUGUAUCCUUUUUAAAAAAACAAAACUAAAAAAAAAAAUCCCUGAAAUAUAUAGAAAUGAUGGAGAAGGAAAAA